GCCGCGCCGCCCCGAAAACGCUUCCGUCCCCCAAAAUUCCUCUCCCAGCAACGCAGCAGGAAGCCUUCCUCCCCCCGCGCAACCGCCGACGACUCACACCGGAGCGCGCCGCCGCGAGCUCUUCUUCCCUCUCCCCUCCUCGCUACCGUCGCCCUCCUCUUUGCUGCUGGGCCCCGGAGCGGAGAUCGACCGGUCUGGUUGAUUUCUCCUGUGCUGGGCUUUCAAGGAAGAAAAAGAAGAUUUUUGUUCAGUCAUGGCUUUCCCAACUCCAGCAGCAGUUCUUCUUGAUGAGAACAUGCAUAUACAUAGAGGCAAGAGGUCUGAUGCACCAAGGGCCAAACCACUGAAGCCAUCAGAGAAGAAGCCCGGGCUUCAAGAGCGGAAGGCUCUUCAGGAUGUGUCCAACUUUGCCAACGGCACUGCUCUGAAGGACAGAUCCAUGAAAGAGAGGUCCCAACAGCGGAAGGCUCUUCAGAAUGUGACCAACACAAUUCAAAGCAAGGACAGGCCCACCUUGAAAGAACAGAGGUCUACCUUGAAAGAAAGGUGUACUCUGGGCAAACAUGACGUGAUUAAGAACCCAAUGAAUAUACUAACUGAUGAAGAGAUGAAAAAAUGCCAUGAAUGGGCUAAGGAUGGUGUGGAGGGCGCUCACUUCUAUGAUCAUCAGAAGGCAGAUAAGGAUAUGCAAGACAAACGUGUCAAGAAGAAAGUGGCGAAUGUGAUGUCAGCCUUGGAUGGCUGGUCAAAUAUGGUAUUUGAUCGUGUGAUGUUUCCAGCAAUGGAGGUUGACAAGUUCUUUGAAGAAGAGAAAGGGCUGGAGCUGGAACCAGAGAUUCUCCCAGACAUCAGUUGGGGUCUCUCUCGCUCAGGUGAUAAAGCAAAGCUGGCUGAAGAUUCUUUUACCGAUGAUGAGCUCGACCAGUACCCAUCUCUGGACAACCAUCCGGUUAUGUUUGAGCUGAGAGACGAGCCAGCGAUCCCGCAGCUGGGAGUGUACUGAAGAGUCCGAGGCUGAAAGCUCCGCUUCUGCUGAUUCUUUCGCGGCGGCCGCUUGCUCAGGAGCGGUCCAUGUAGUGUCUAGAAUGCUUGUUGUAGGCCUGAUGUUUCUUCCCCAGCUAUGCUCUGGUGGAUGAGUGAUGUAGGAUUCACAGUUCAGUAGUACUGUAGUACCUGUUGCAGCGGAAGCGACCGCGCUUCCUGUUUGUUAUGCUUUUGCUAAAAGCGUGAAAACACACCUCCCUGGUCCUUGCGGUUUUACAUGACGGUGUGAAUGGUAAAAUUCUGAUGUCUUCAGGAAAAGAAAUUAUAUGAUAUCA